AUGCUGCAUGCAAGUCCAGGCAAUGACGGCGAAAGAGAAAAAGUCAAGGAAGAAGAUCAGGGAGACUACAACGCCUUGGUCGGCUUCGGCAUCCUGGUGGCCCUCUUCACGGCUCUGGCAAUCAAGGUGACGGCGAUGGUAAAAGAGACAUGCGAGAAGAGAAGCAGAGGGGAACAUGCGUCUGUAAGGGCGAUGCGUGGACACAACAAGAUGCCGGCGGGUGACGAGGAAGAGGACAUCGGCAUCAACUAUAAGGAGAAGAUCCACUACUACCGGAGGUGGCGGAGGGACCAACCGCCAGCAGAUGAUCAAGGGCGGCAACUGGUCCAGAUCGAGGAAGAAGUGCACAACGAAAGGUGGGACAUUCCGGACGAAGAGCUGUUCUUCAACAAGAAGGACAGGAUCGCACACCACACCAGAGAGGACUGGAAGCCGGUGCUCACCACAGACUACGGGGUCAGGUACCAUUACUCCCUGAACUGCCCCACUUUGGCGGCAAAACGGAGGUGGGAUGCCUUCGACCGGCAGCGGCUCCUGGCGGCUUUGCAGUGCCUCAAGCGAGCGGUGGACCAGCCCUGGGCUGCUUCACUUUGGCUCUGGCGCAUGGAUGGCUUUGGAUGGGCGCCGCUGCAUGCUCCCAUCCCUGUAGUUCCAGAGUGGCUCAUCACCUUCAUGAUAGCAGCCUUCCUUGUGGAGGUCUGGCCAUGGACGUUUGUGGUUGAUUCUCUGCAGCCCUGGGCUCAUGGCCACGCCAUGGCCCUGGCUCCGCCAUGGCCACCGGCGCUGGGAGCGCCGUUGACGGGAGCCACAGCCUCGGCGCCCUCGGGCGGAGUGGCGCUCCGGCGAAGCGCGUUCCGAGCGCGGCCGGAGGAGCUCAACCUCAGCCUCAGUCUGGGCCUCUGCCUCGGCGCAAGCCGCGGCUUCCGCCGCGGCUCCUCGCUGCCGCGGCGGGCGGUGGCCCCAGGAGCCACCGCGAGCCCGGCAAAUGUGGAGCCGGACACCUCGGCUGACGACCUCGGCUCCGAGAGGCUCAGGCGCCGCGCGGCGCGGUGGUGGCGGAAGCUGCGGGGCGCGCAAGCGGAGGGCCGCGGCCGGGCCGGGAAGGCCCUACGGAGGGCUCGCGCCAAGUCCAAGGACCUCUGGGCGGAGGCGAAGCGACGGCUCCAGCGCCUCGAAGGGCCAAGGAGGCUGCGGAUGGCGGGCAGCUCGUUGAGGACGGCCUGGAAGAGGGUCUCUUUGCCGCAGCAGGUGCUGACGCUGGUGCUGGCGCUGCUUCUGCUGGUGGCCACCUGCCGUUUACCCCGCACACACCCCGCGCUCCAAGUGGGCGCGGAGCGGGCCCUGCAGGCGCCGCUGCUGCAGCUGCUGCCGGAGGAGGAGGCGCGGCUGCAGGUGCUGCAGGAGACCUCCAAGGGUGUCUUCUACGUGCGCGGCCAGCCGGCACCCUGGCUCUCCGAGAAGGAGAGCCAGGGCGCCUUCGUCCCCGGGGGCACCUGUUGGCUGUUCGAUGACACCCACGUUGUGACCAGUCUCAGCAACAUCGACCUGGCGCGGCGCGGCUCCCUGCGACUGCUGCUGCCGGACCGCUCGGAGCUGCCCUUGCGGGUGCUGGGGGUGGACGAGGGCUCGGACCUCGCCGUGCUCGAGCUGACGCCUAAGGCGGCAGCGCGGGUGAAGGCGACGCCUCUGGCGCUGGGCUCCUCCGCCUCCCUGCGCUUGGGCCAAGAGGUGCUGGUUCUGGGCCGCGAGGCCACGCUGGACAUGAGGGUGUCCCGCGGAGUGGUCUAUGGCCAGGGUCAGCCCUUGGUGCUCAAGAAGGACCACCCCAUCCAGAGUUGCAUCCAGACGGAUGCCGUCAUGACCAGCAGCAACCGCGGCGGCCCGCUGCUAAACAGCCGAGGCCAGGUCAUCGGCAUGGCAGUGGCCCAGACAGAGGAUCCCCGUAUCGGCCAGAGCAUCCCCUCGGAUAGCUUGCGGAAGCACGUGAGCAGCAUCCUGGCUUCCGGCCGGGUCUCGCGCCCGGCGCUGGGCAUGUUCCUGGCGCCGGACGGCUUCGCGGAGAAGCUGGGGGUGGCCAAGGGGGGGGUGGUGGUGGAGGAGGUGCUCCCUGGAUCCCCCGCCAAGAAGGCGGGGCUCAGGGCCGGGGACAUCAUCAUCUCCCGGGGCGACCUGGUGAUCCGUCGCAUGGACGACCUCAUCACCGCCCUGGAGCCCAUCCAGUCGGGGGACCACUUUUCGCUGACCGUGCUCCGGCAGACCAUUUUGGCCACCUUGACCACGCCCCUGUCGGCCUCCGCAGUGGUGAAGGGCCCGGAGAAGGAUGGCAUCCUGAAGGCCCAAGCAGCGCUGCAUGGGCUGCAGGACCGCUGGGCCUCGGUGGCGGCGAAGGGCGCCGGCGGCGCCAAGGAGGCCCUGGAGGUCUUCAGCAAUGUGAUGUACUCCACUCUCACCAUCAAAGUGCCAGCGGGCCAGAGUGUGGGCGUCGACAUCGAGGACCGUACCAUCACAGCGGUGAACAGCCGCAAGCUGGGCUGGAACACGGGCGAUACCAUCAAAGAGAUCAAUGGCAAGGAGCCCAAGGACGAGGAGCAGCUGGUGAACGACGUGAAGGCAGCCAAGAACGAGGGCCGGGACUUGGUCUUCACGGUGCAGCGGCUCUCAGAGUCACCCUGGGUGACGCUGGAGAGGUCGCUGACCCAAGUCUACGCGAAUGUGGACUCGGACACGGUGCUUCUGGAGCCAGACCAGGUGAGCGACAUGUUGCGAGACCUGAAGAACAACAUCAACUUGGCCGUGGACGACAUCAUUCCUUUGACCGUGGUAAAGGAGAAGCUGGAUGCCUUCACCAAGGCCGUCGACGCCUUUGCCAGCGCCUGACACGCCGCGGAUCGGCCGCGGCUUCGGCGCGGUUUCGUGGGGAGAGUUGGGCGCCGAAGAAACGCGGGGCACCGAAGAUCCUGGACCUAGGAGGGGCUCGAAGAAUGGCA